GAGCCUCCCUUCUCACUACCGACUGGAUGCCCCUCUGAGUCGUACCGUACCUGCCUCCUCAGAUUCUCUUUUCUUCGGAUCUUCAUCUUCAUCAUUCCAAGACACAAUGCAUGCCGCCACUGCCCUCUUUAUCUGGACGUGUCUGGGGGUCACUGUCCUCGCCAGCCAACACAGGGAGCCAUGCCAGUCCCCUAAUCUGACAGGGAUCCUAUCAGUGAUGAACUUUAAAGGUGAACACAAGGGAACAGGACACUACAUCUACGACCACGAGGCGAACAAGCUGCGUUUGACGAUGAACGAGACCUACAACGUCAACAACACCCUGAAUGUGGAUCUUCUGAUGCUGUUCGAAGAGGGGGUCUUCUACGAGAUCGACAUCAAGAAUCAAACCUGUGCCAAAAAGUCUCUGCUGGCAGCCUCUCAUGUUUUGGAACUCCCACCCGAUGCCAAGUUUAACGGCAAUUUUGUUCUGGGAAGUAUGUCGAUGCCAGGGGAGGGGGUUAAGAUUAAUGUAUGGACAGGAGUGGUACCUGUAGAAAAAGGACAUUAUCUUGUGUCUACAUCUGCGAAAAGUUGCUUGCCUUUGAGUGCCGUUUUCUUCAGUGACUCCACAAGUCUCAUCUUCAGCAACAUGCAAAUUGAAACUGAAAUCAAGGAGCCUGAAGUCUUCCUGCUCCCAGCGCUCUGUGAGGGGAUGGAGCUCGAGGGGACCUUGGACAGCUUCUUCGCUCUGUUUGACUAAAGAAGUGAGCGACGCCCUCAAGCGCGAGGCCAGCCGAAACACUUGAUGUCUCCUUUACUUUCAUGAUCGUGUUUUGAGUGUUUGGCAUGGUCUCUUUAGUUAGACGACACUCUAUCAUUGUAUGUUAGUCCCCCCUGUGAAGAGACGGCAUUGGGAAAGAUUGCGUGGGAGGGGAUUUUCGUGUCCGUGCUUACACGGGGUUAAGGCACCAUAACUUUUGCACUCAGAUUUUGUUUCCUAAAACACUAACAAUGGUUGGCUGGUAGAUCAAAGGGGCUACGCUUACAAUGUCUAUAUGAAUAAGCAAAGAAAUAAUAAAAUGAUUAAGCUUU